GGGAUGUUCCGUAAAGGUUGUUGCGGCAGUUUUCACGCCGCUAUGUGAAGGUAAAUAGAUCGCCGUGAUUCACAUCAGCAGCACCACAGCGCUCACAAACACAGCCAUGACGGGAUGUCAGAGGAGACGCGCCUCCGUCUCGGGCGCUUUUAUGCUCCCGCGUCUGCUCUGCCUGCUGUGUUUUGCUGUCCUUAGUCUGGCUGAGAACACGGAGAUGGUGAAUGUGGUAACGGAGAGGAAAGCGGAGGAGAGCCACAGGCAGGACAGCGCCAAUCUGCUCGUAUUCAUCAUGUUACUCACACUCACUAUCCUCACGAUAUGGCUGUUCAAACACCGCCGGUUCAGGUUUCUACACGAGACGGGUUUAGCUAUGAUUUAUGGUUUGUUUGUGGGUGUAAUUCUGCGUUUUGGCGUCCAUUUCCCACAAGACGUAAAUAACACCACCUUGACUUGUGCCGUGAACAGCAGUCCCACCACCAUCCUGGUGAACGUGAGCGGCCGUUUCUAUGAGUACAGCCUGAAAGGAGAGGUCCGGGACGGCAAGGGCCAUGACGUGCCAAAUGCAGAGAUGCUCAGGAAGGUUACUUUUGAUCCUGAGGUUUUCUUCAACAUUUUGCUUCCGCCCAUCAUCUUUCAUGCAGGAUACAGUCUCAAACGAAGGCAUUUUUUUAGAAAUCUGGGGUCUAUCCUCUCCUAUGCCUUUGUGGGCACAAUGACGUCAUGCUUCGUCACAGGGUUGGUGAUGUACGGCUGUGUGGUGUUUAUGAAGGUCAUCGGUCAGCUUGGAGGGGAUUUCUUUUUCACCGACUGCCUUUUCUUCGGGGCUAUUGUAUCUGCCACUGAUCCAGUGACCGUUUUGGCCAUUUUCAACGAGCUGAAGGUCGACGUGGAUCUGUAUGCCCUGAUGUUCGGUGAGAGUGUCCUCAAUGAUGCCGUGGCCAUCGUCCUGUCGUCAUCAAUAGUGGCGUACCAGCCUGAGGGAGACAAUCGUCACACGUUUGACGGUAGUGCUUUGCUCAAGUCACUAGGUGUCUUUCUGGGAGUUUUCAGUGGGUCUUUUGCAAUGGGGGCUGCAACCGGAGUCGUGACAGCUUUGGUCACAAAGUUCACUAAGCUGCGAGAUUUUCCUUUGCUGGAAACGGCCCUUUUCUUCCUCAUGUCUUGGAGUACCUUCCUAUUGGCUGAGGCCUGCGGCUUCACGGGUGUGGUUGCGGUGCUCUUCUGUGGCAUUACUCAGGCUCACUACACAUACAACAACCUUUCUGCUGAUUCGAAGAGUAGAACCAAACAGCUGUUUGAGCUGCUCAACUUCCUGGCUGAAAACUUUAUCUUCUCUUAUAUGGGCUUGACACUUUUCUCCUUCCAGCACCAUGUGUUCAAUCCCUUCUUCAUCAUAGGCGCAUUUCUGGCUAUAUUUCUUGGCAGGGCGGCUAAUAUCUACCCCUUGUCUUUCCUGUUGAACUUGGGCCGCAAGAAUAAAAUCGCCUCCAAUUUCCAACACGUCAUGAUGUUUUCAGGGCUCCGAGGGGCAAUGACCUUUGCCCUCUCGAUUAGGGACACUGCCACAUACGCCAGACAGAUGAUGUUUUCCACCACCCUGCUGAUCGUUUUCUUCACGGUGUGGGUCUGUGGGGGCGGGACGACCCCCAUGCUGUCACUUAUGCAGAUUCGAGUGGGAGUGGACACAGAUCAAGAUAAUUCAGUCCCAGCCCCGGAUGGGAUGCCACAAAGAAGUAGCAAGCAUGAGAGCGCCUGGCCGUUCAGACUGUGGUAUACUUUUGACCACAAUUAUUUAAAGCCCUUCCUCACUCACAGCGGGCCUCCGCUCACUUCCACUCUGCCGGCCUGCUGCGGUCCGAUAGCACGCUGUCUCACCAGCUCGCAGGCCUACGAGAAUGCUGGUCAGUUAAACGAUGAAGACACGGAGCUGAUUCUGAAUGACGGCGGUGGUUUGAUGUACAGUGACAUGACGGUCAGCACAGAUGCCCACGGCAUGCCCACCACCUCCACCAGCCAGGCCGGGCUGUACUCGCUAGCAGGAACCUCAGACGAUCCUCUGGACAGGGAGCUUGCGUUCGGGGGCACCCGUCUGGUUCUUCCCACAGAUGAGGCUCCGGACCCCCUGACGUCGUUCCCCCCUCCUCCGCCCUCCCCACCCCUCUCGGACCCUCUGCGCCACAGAGUCUGAGCCUGAGCUGCUAACCUCUCAGCCUCUGCGUGACGCUUUCUUUCACAGAUAUUAAGUUAAAUGAUUAUUUAUGCUUUUAUUGAUUCAUUAUAUUGUGCCAUAUGUAUUUAUUUAUUUGUCUAGACACUGGUGUACAAUGGUUGUGGUUGCUAAUCCUUCUGAUUUCUCCCCCUCCCCCCCAAAAAAAAAGAAAAAAAGAAAUUUUGUGUUUGCGUAUUGUGAACAUCUACGUCUAAUGUGAAUGCAUCAAUGUGUCCGGAUUGAUCAUUUCAAAGUCCUACAUAACUUGUGGCUCUCUUUUUUUUUGUAUAAAUAAGUGCCUAUGUCUGGUAACCUGGUGUUUGUACUGUGCUAUCCGACUCAUUGUUACCUCAUUAACAUUUACUUAUAAAAAAAGAGAUUUAUUAAUAUAUAUAUAGAGAGGAAAAGUGACUUAUUUGAAAGUGUUUUGUUACUGUUCCACACCCAUUGAUCCCCUAAUAAAUGAGAUUUGAUGUUCCUUUUAA